AUAUCACUGCUGCGGCUGCUGCCUGCUCGCUGCUGCUGCUGACUACUAUGCCGAGUUUUGCUCUGUGUAUAUGUGAGUGAUUCCGCUCCGCGAUCUGCAUUGUGUAUUGUGUUUGCGCGAUUAUACUGCAUAUCGAGUCUCGUGCUCCUUACACCACUCAUUUUAUAAAUCCAUCAUGUGCGAGUUUUAAUUUUUUCUCUCCCACCUGCUGUUCCUCCUCCACCUCAGCGACUAUUUGCUCGCGCGAUGAAGCCCCGAUUUUGACCAAGUGCUGUCGCGCAGCAAGAACGAAUGCAUAACUCUACGAGGCAAGUUGUCAAGUGUUCGCAUCAUGACCACAAGAAUGAAGCACAAGAAAGGCUCGACGAGAAAUUACUUGGUUUCGCAGGCGAAUCCUUGGCCAGAGAGAUAACCGGUGCGUAAAUGUGUGAUAACGUGCCGUAUGGUUGUGAUGUAAACUAGAUUGAAGAAACCCCGAAUCGAGUGAAAUAAAACCUGAAGAAAAACAGGUUGGCGAAGGCCGAAGAUUUAUUCUAUUUGAAGAAGUUUUAAACUAACAAAAUAGGGUCGAAAAAUCAAGAAACGUCAACGACCGAGAAGAGGAAGUACUCGGACAAUCAGAGCGAAGUAAUUGAUAAAGUUGCAAAGCUGUCUGAGACGGAGGUUGACGCGGGAGCCAGCGAGGCUCUCAGCACCAUUGCAAUAAAGACCGAGGACGGCCACCACAUGGUUGACGGGGACGGAGAGGAGUUCCACGUGGUUACGGGACAGAUGGUCGACGGAUCGCCACUAGGCGUGGUCACGGUCGUCCCUGGCGUCGUUGACGACAACAGCAUGGCGUCCCUGACCAACGUCGAAUCCGACGCCAAUGAUCGGAUGAGCGAAGACGACGACGACGACAAUAGCAGUGAAUCCGAAGCCUACGAGGAUGGCGAUCUCUUGAGCUCGGCUAUGGACGACGACGUCACGGCCCAGCUCGCUGCAGCAGGUUGGCAUGAAUACAAUGAUCACGCAUCUAAUGGACCCAUUGGAGUUGCGGCGGCUGCAGCUAUCGUAUCUGCCAAGAAAAGAAAACGACCUCACAGUUUUGAAACUAAUCCUAGUAUUCGCAAGCGCCAACAAAACAGGCUAUUAAGGAAAUUGAGACAAACAAUAGAUGAGUUUGCUACAAGAGUUGGCCAGCAAGCUGUUGUAUUAGUUGCUACCCCUGGAAAACCAAGUAGUAGUUACAAAGUAUUCGGUGCAAAGCCGUUAGAAGAUGUUCUUAAAAACAUGAAAACUUCAAUUAUGGAAGAUUUAGAAAAUGCGUUGGCUCAACAGGCUCCUCCACCGGUUCAGGAUGAUCCAUCAUUAUACGAACUUCCUCCGCUCAUAAUCGAUGGCAUACCAACUCCAGUUGAAAAAAUGACUCAAGCGCAAUUGAGAGCAUUCAUCCCAUUAAUGUUGAAAUAUUCAACUGGUAGAGGAAAGCCUGGAUGGGGAAGAGAAAGCACCAGGCCUCCAUGGUGGCCCAAGGAAUUGCCUUGGGCAAACGUUAGGAUGGACGCAAGAUCAGAGGAUGAAAAACAAAAGCAGAUUUCCUGGACGCAUGCGUUGAGACAGAUCGUUAUCAACUGUUACAAAUAUCAUGGUCGUGAAGAUCUAUUACCAGCCUUCAGCGAAGAAGACGACAAAUCAAACAUCGUUCUACAACAAGCUUCUGUUUCGACGGAACAAUCGACAGGCAGUCAAGGCAGUCAACAAACGAUGACACAAUACCCUACUGUACUACAAACUAUAACGAAUUCAGAUGGAUCUGUUUCUUUGAUCCAAGUGGAUCCUACUAAUCCUAUUAUUACGUUACCUGAUGGUACUACUGCGCAAGUUCAAGGAGUCGCCACUAUACACACAGGUCAAGGAGAUGUUCAAACUCUAUCUGACCCAAAUGACGGCCAAAGUGUUUCCGUUGAUCUCAACAGUGUUACCGAAGCAACUCUCGGGCAAGAUGGUCAAAUUAUUCUUACUGGCGAAGAUGGUCACGGUAAACCUAUUUUCUAUAGGCUGUGCGCCGUCGCCGGUCAAGAACUACUCGAGCAGUGAAACGUGCUUAUUCUAUGAUUAUUUAUUUCGACUUCUUUAAUUUUUGCAUGUUAUAUAUGCAUUACAAUUUUAGUGAGCAGGAACAAAUUGACGUUUCAAAAUUUUUUAAUUUGUAGUUAGAUUUUAGGGACCCCAUCUCGUAAUUAGUUGGAAACUUGUACAUAAAAUGAAACUAAACUGAUAUAGGUGACUUAAACGUGAGUUUAUUGAGUGAAAAUUCAAAAUAUUGAAGAUGAUUUAAUAUUUAAUGUUAACACAUUCAACUGUGUUUCAAUAAUUUGAUUGAGUAAUCACUCAUAAAGCUAGAAUACUUUUUCAAAUCUGAAUUUGUCAAAACUCAUUUUCACUACUACAUAAAACAAGGCAUUUAUGUAAAAGUAUGUACAUAUAGUGUAGAUGAUGAUGUAUCUAAUGAUAUAAUUUAAAAAUCGCAGUUAUAUAGUACAAAUAAUAAUUUAAUUGUAUGCGCGAGAGAUUUUUUGAAAU